GGGGCGGGCACCGCACCAGGUCGGGGGGCUCCAGGGAGCCAGCGGGCUCCAGAGACUGGUGGUUUCUGGGAUGCUGCAGCUGAGUCUGUCCUACCUGGGCCUGGGCUGGCUGCUGACCAUCUCUCCGUGGACGCUCCUGUUGCUGGCUGGAGCCUCAUGGCUUUUGGCUCGACUCCUGACCUGGACCUACGCUUUCUAUGACAACUGCUGCCGUCUUCGAUGCUUCCCACAGCCCACCAAACGGAGCUGGUUUUGGGGUCACCUGGGCCUGACGAAAAGCAACGAGGAAAGCAUGAAGCUGGUGGAGGAGCUGGGCCGCUGCUUCCGGGACGUCCACCUGUGGUGGAUUGGGCCCAUCUGCCCCAUCCUGCGGCUCGUCCACCCCAAGUUCGUGGCCCCCCUGCUCCAGGCCCCAGCUGACUUUGCCCCCAAGGAGAUGACGCUCUACAACUUCCUGGAGCCCUGGCUGGGAAAUGGACUCCUGCUGAGCGCCGGAAGCAAAUGGAGCCACCGGCGCCGCUUGCUGACCCCCGCCUUCCACUUCAACAUCCUGAAGCCAUACGUGAAGAUCUUCAACAGGAGCGUGAACACCAUGCACGCCAAGUGGCGGCGUCUGAUCGCGGAGGGCGUCACGAGUCUGGACAUGUUCGAGCACAUCAGCCUCAUGACCUUGGACAGUCUGCAGAGAUGUGUCUUCGGCUUUGACAGCAACUGCCAGGAGAGUCGCAGUGACUACAUCCAAGCCAUCUUGGAGCUGAGCACACUCGUAGUGAAACGGUACCAGCAGAUCUUCCUCCACAAGGACUUCCUGUACUACCUCACCCCCGACGGCCGGCGCUUCCGCAAAGCCUGCCGCCUGGUGCACAGCUUCACCGACAGCAUCAUCCGCGAACGGCAACGCACCCUUGCCAGCCAGGGCCCCGAGGGCUUCCUCAAGGCCAAGGCCAAGACCAGGACUUUGGACUUCAUCGAUGUACUGCUCCUGGCCAAGGAUGAGGACGGGAAGGCCCUGUCUGACCAGGACAUCCGAGCGGAGGCCGACACCUUCAUGUUUGGGGGCCACGACACCACGGCCAGCGGGCUCUCCUGGGUCCUCUACAACCUGGCCACGCACCCGCAGCACCAGGAGCGCUGCCGGCAGGAGGUGCGGGAGCUGCUGAGGGACCGCGACCCGCAGGAGGUGGAGUGGGACGACCUGGCCCGGCUGCCCUUCCUCACCAUGUGCCUCAAGGAGAGCCUGCGGCUGCACCCGCCCGUCACCGUCAUCUCCCGCCGCUGCGCGCGGGACGUGCAGCUGCCCGACGGCCGGGUCAUCCCCAGAGGGAACAUCUGCGUCAUCAGCAUCUUCGGAAUCCAUCACAACCCUUCCGUCUGGCCGGACCCCGAGGUCUACGACCCCUACCGCUUCCACCCAGAAAACGUGCAGGACAGAUGUCCGCUGGCUUUCAUGCCCUUCUCGGCAGGGCCCAGGAACUGCAUCGGGCAGACCUUCGCGCUGAGCGAGAUGAAGGUGGCGCUGGCGCUGACGCUGCUGCGCUUCCGCGUGCUGCCCGCAGGGGGCGCCGCGGGGCCCGAGCCGCGCCGGAAGCCGGAGCUCAUCCUGCGCGCCGAGGGCGGCCUGUGGCUGCGCGCGCAGCCCCUGGACUGACCCCGCCCCGCCCU